AUUUCUCACCAUUUAAUUCCAUGCAUAAAAACAUAACUGCGCCAAUUAUUUAUUAUUAUGGAUUAAAUACAGUAACCCCCAUGAUUUUCCAAAUUCAUAUGCUAAAUUAUUCCCUUCUUCUGAUCAUUGUUUCCUAAUCUUUUUCUCUCCAACACACUCAUUACAAAGAACAAACUUGCUAAACAAAACAUUCAAAAAUAAUAAGCACAAUGACAUGGCUUGUUAGAUGGAUAGUUAGAGACUUCACCUCAUGUUUCUUUACAUAUGAUCUUAAUAAGAUGGCUUCACCACCGCAUGCUAGAGUGAGAAAUAUGGCAUUUGAAAAGAGAAAAGACAAAAAAAUUAAUAGUAUCCACAAAAACAAUUUGUCAAGGUCAAACACAAAAUGCAACAAACCAAUGGUAAACAAGUUUGAUGAUUCAUGUUGGUCGUUUUUUUCGGAUGAAGAUUAUAUAGUGUUCUGCUUUAAAGAGCAUGGAGCAUUUGAUGUAGUGAAAGAUGACAAAGGUUUGCAUAAAUAUUCAAGGCCAUUGAAUCUUAAGGGUGAGAAAAAAGAGGGUAAACAGCAAGACAAAGACUGUAGAGAAAGUGAAUGGCAGGUUGAGGGAAUUGAAGACUAUGAAAUAAUGUCUGCUGAAUCAAGGGGUUCUAACCUAUCUGAAGGUUCUUUUGCUUUCCCUGUGUUAGGUUGGGAAUGGAUGGGAAGUCCAGCACAAAUGCCAAAAUCAGAAGAAGCUCAGCAGCACCAAAAGAAGCAUAAGGCUCGACCUGUGAGAUUUCAUUGUUGUAAAUUCUGAUAGCUGCAUGCACAUUCUUAUUUCAUAGAAAUUGACUGAUUUAUCUUCCAUGGAUAAACUAAGGAAAUGAUACGUAGUCAUUUAAUGUCCCAUGAAUUUUUGUUUCUCAGAGGGGUGUGAGAAAGUUUAGUCAAGCUUAGAAA